AUGGCGACUCGGCACGAUUCGAGAUACACGGUCGACAUCCCGCCGGUUGACCUGGCGACCUUUAUAUUCUCGUCGGGAGACCGGGAACAGCGUCGUCGCCCACAAUUCUUCGACGCCGACUGUCCAGCUCGUUGCUUCAGUUUGGACCAGGCCGAGAUCCUCGUCAAGAGGCUGGCCAAGGGCUUACAGGAUCUCGGUCUCGGAAAGAAUGACAAGGUCCUGCUCUACUCGGGGAACUCGCUGUAUUUCCCCAUCCUCUACUGGGGCACCGUCGCAGCGGGGUGCGUGUUUACGGGGUGUAGUCCCAGCGCCUCAGUGACAGAGCUCAGCUACCAGUCAAAGGACUCGGAUGCGAAACUGAUCAUCACGAGCGCUGCGGGCGUCCGGACGGCAUUAGAAGCCGCGGCGCAGGUGGGCAUCCCUAGGGGCAGAGUGUUUGAAUUUGCCGACCCUCUGGACAAAAGGACCCAGAGCGGACUACCGUCGUGGACCGACAUCUGGGCAACGGAGGAAGAAAGCGCGACAUGGACGUGGAAGAGGAUAUCUUCAGCCAAAGAAGCUCGGGAAACGACGGUUGCAAUCAACUACUCCAGCGGCACGACUGGAACCCCCAAGGGUGUCGAAAUUUCGCACCAAAAUGUCAUUGCAAACUCCCUCCAGGUUAUAUUCAAACGGAACAUGGUGGCGGACACGACGCGCGCUCGCGAGCGCAAAGCCCGGAUCGAUCUCUCGGGCGAGCGCUGGCUUGCUCCUCUGCCCAUGUUUCAUGCCUAUGGUCAAAUGUACUACUGCGUGACGGCGGCGCGAAUGGGUGUCAAGGUCUUCAUCAUGAUGCAGUACAGCAUCGAGCGGUACCUGCUCUUCCUCGACAUUUAUCGCAUCACCUUCCUCACGGGAGUUCCCACUUUGAUGGUCGCCCUGUCCAAACACCCGAACGCGACGGCGUACAAUUUGAAGGCCAUCGAGUCGGUUGUCACGGGCUCGGCGCCGUUGAACCCGGAAAUUGGCAGACUGGUCGAAAAGACGCAUUUGCGGCCUGGCGUCCAGGUGAAGCAAGGCUGGGGGCUGACCGAAACGACAUGCUCGGCCACGGGGUUUGCUCAGGACGACGAGGACGACGGCCGGUCCAUCGGUUGGCUCAACCCCAAUGUGUCGGCCAAGAUCGUGCCGGUGCCAGAGCAUGGCUUCGAGCAGUCAACAGAGAUCCCGUAUACAGUGGGUGAAAUAUGGAUCGCCGGACCCAACGUCAUGAAGGGCUACUACAAGAGGCCGCGGGAGACAAUGGAAACCAUCGUCUACGACGAUGAUGCCACCAGGUGGCUGAAGACCGGCGAUGUUGGCUAUAUCGACAACAGGGGCUGUCUGUAUAUUGUCGAUCGACUCAAGGAACUCAUCAAGGUCAAAGGCCUUCAAGUGGCCCCAGCGGAAAUCGAGCAAGUGCUCUUGACCCACCAGGGCAUCGCCGAUGCAGCAGUCGUUGGUGAGAAGAGACGAGACGGCGAAUACCCCAAGGCGUUUGUGGUGAGGGCACCAGGAUCUACAGUGACGGCCAAGGAAGUCCAGGAUUAUAUCGAGGCGCGGCUGUCGAGGCACAAAUGGUUGACAGCUGGAGUGCACUUUAUCGAGGCCAUUCCUCGCACUCCAAGCGGCAAGGUCAUGAGACGGCUGUUGCAGAAGUCCAAGACAGACACGGCCAAGAGCUCUGCAAAGCUAUGA